GAGGUAUUGGUAGUCAGUUGCUACUAGACACAGAAACCCGUUAAGCGAAACAUUUUGAACCAGAUUUCAGACACAAUUUGUACAUUGAGGGCGCAUAUUUUAAAUGGUGACCUAGUCCGGCUAUAUAGCUGCAAGCACUUUCACUGGUUGAAUAUCCUUAUUAUAAAAUAGGUAUGUUACCACCAAAUGACUUAUUGCAACUGACGGAUGAGGAUGUAAAAACAUUAAAGAAGUGCAGACAAAUCUCAUUUUGGAGAGGCAGUCUCCCAUUCUCCAUCGGUGCUCUUUUAGCUGUUAGUGCUGCUGAUAAAUAUGGAUGGUUUUCAAAGCGUAAGAUGUUUCGUUUUCCAUCUUAUUUUUUCGGAGUUACCAUUGGUUAUUUCGUUGGGCAAUUCAGUUGUGCAGGAGAAUGUAGACGUAUGUUUCUCCAGCUUAACAAUAGUCGAAUCAAAGAUCAGAUUCUUAGAAUGGAAACUCCCGGAACAUUUCAACCUACUCCUGGUUCACCUAUAAUUGUAAAUACACCUGUAGAAAAACAUCCACCUAUGAAUUAUGAACAACGUAGACAGUUUUAUAAUAAGCAACGUGAACAAUCUACAUCUCCGUACCCCAGUUCCAAACCACCGACAACGAUUGAAGAAGAGGAUACAACAUCCGAUCAAACAAACUCAAGUCUAUCGUACUUUGAUAAUGAUAGACCAAUUAGUUCAUUUUAUUAUGAUAAUGAUGUCUAUCGACCUAAAGAGGAAUAAUUUGGUAACAUAAAGAGAAAUAUGUAUUUUGUGAAACAAACUGUUGUACGAAUAGUAAUAUAUUUAGUUGCUCUUAUUUAAUUUUUUUUAGAUUUUCCUUCACAUUCGGAGAUAUUUUUUGAUUAGUAGCAUAUAUACAGAUAAUAAUUAAUUUAUCUAUUCAUUCAUCCACCCAAUUAUCCUUGUUCAGUGCAGAUUUCAUAACUAAUUGUAAAUACACGUUUUGUGCGG